CGGGCGAGGAUUUUUUAACGCAUCAACAGACACACCAUUCUGUUCAAACUGUGAGAAGGGAUGGAUGGGCCCUGAUUGUAGUGAGCCAUGUUAUGGUACACAAUCGCCUAUGGAUAGCGGUAUUUGCGUUUGUGACAACGCCUGCCAAAUGGAGACUGACAAUUGUUUAUUAACAUGUAGUGGACAUGGUACCUGUAGUGAAUCCGAAACAUGCGUUUGCUAUGAUGAGGACACUGGAUACAAUGCUGACGGCUUCUGGGGCGAUCAUUGUGAGAUACAGAAAUGUCCCGGAAUGUUAGAAUCCUGUAGUGGACAUGGUCAGUGUAUUCAAGGUGACUGUAGCUGUGACGAGGGCUGGAGAGAAAACAAAACAUCGUGCCAUAUACCUGAUUGCCCGGGAACCCCAGAUUGUAAUGGUCGUGGAAAUUGCAUAACAACGGGGGUGUUACAUCUUGCGAAUGUCACGAGGGUUAUAUGGGCAUACAGUGCGAGUUUGAAUGUUUGUAUGGAAAUGUUACAGCAGACUUCACUUGUGAUUGUUUCCCUUGCUAUACAGGUGGUGCAUGUAAGGAAAACCUGCAACGGUCAUGGCAGCUGUUUUGAAGAUACAUGCCAGUGUGAUGCAACUUACUGGG